AUGAGUGAGGCAACACCGGAAAAGAGGAAAAGAGAAGAAGACGACGACUACAAUGGAGAUGGAGCAGUAGAUGGAGACUUCAUCCAUAGGUGCAUCAAACUCAAAGACCCUGAAACUAUACGUAUGACUAUUCGACAACGACGCUACUGGGAAUUCACGCACACAGAAGACGGAAUGCUAAGCUACCUCAUUCCACUCAAUUGGCUUGAAUUCUUUACCUACACAACCAAAGGAACUGAUGGCACGCCCGGUAAAACUGUAAGAUGGGAUAAAGUUGAUACCAUCGCAGAAAAUUUUGGCUUAAAAAUCCACAAAGCCGGUAUAGUGAUGCAUUCUCUUAUUCCCAUGCAACAAGCGCUUACAGUGCAAUCAGGAACGGCUGUGGGAACGCUCACCAUGAAUACGACCCCUUACUUGGAAAUAUACAAAGACUCAAACUGCACCUAUGGUGGUUGUCAAUCGAAAGAUGGAACUACUUUUCAGUUAAAAGAUUGGCUGUGGAAUCCCCAGAUACAACAGUUUGGUGAAGGAAAAGAAUACUAA